CCGGCAGGCCAGAAGGAGCCGUCAAAAUGAAGAAUACUGUCUGUUCCCUCAGAAACACAAAAGUGCUUUGAGCCUGCCAGACCCCCCUCUUCAAGAGUCAUAAGCAAAGGCCCUUCGAAGGCUGUAAUUAAAGAGAAGCACCUGACUUCCUUCUCCCCAGCACUUUCAGACUGAUCUGACCACAGAGGCCGUUCUUGACACAGCACCUGCUAAGCAGCCAAGUAUGUGAGGAAGGGGAAGCUCUCUGCUACAGGCCACCGGGUAGCGGAGCUCAGCCUGCAGUUGCUCCACAGGGCCUGUGGAUGGGAUGGCCAUGGAGUCCUGCCCCGAAGAGCAGUACUGGGAUCCCCUGGUGCGAACCUGCAUCUCCUGCAAACCUACCUGCAGCCGUCAGAACCAGCACACCUGUGCGGCCUUCUGCAAGUCACUCUGCGGCAAGGAACAAGGCAAGUACUACGACCUUCUCCUGAGGGAUUGCGUCAGCUGCAUCUCCAUCUGUGGGCAGCACCCCAAGCAAUGUGCAUACUUCUGUGAGGGCAAGCUCAGGGGCAGAGUGAACCUCCCGCCAGACCUCCGGAGACGGCAGAGUGGGGAGGCCGAAACCAGCUCAGGCAUCUCGGGAAGGUACCAGGGAUCAGAGCACAGAGGCUCAAAGGCAGGUCCAGCUGCCCCGGGCCCCCUGCCCAGCGCGGAGCAGCUGGCGCUGGUGUACAGCGCGCUGGGACUCUGCCUGUGCGCGCUCCUCUGCUGCGUCCUGGUGGUCGCCGCCCGCGUCCUCCGGCGGAGGGGCCAGAGGGCCUCCCGGCAGGCCCUCGCAGGGCCCCGCGCGGCCCCCGCCACGUCUUCCCAGGGUCCCGCGAAGGAAGCCGACAGCCCCGGGGGCGCGCUGCCCGAGCCGGUGGAGACGUGCAGCUUCUGUUUCCCCGAGCGCAGGACGCCCACCCAGGAGAGCGCGGGCGCACCCGGGACCCCUGGCUUCGCUGAGGGCGGGACGCGCCACGCUGGGACCCCCACCCUGCAGCCCCGCGCGCGCGCCCCGGACGGCUGCCUCGGCGUUGUGUGCGCGCCCGCCCUGGAAGGGGUCCCGGGCGCGUGGUCGGUGGGGUAGAGGGGAGGGAGAGAGAUGAGACAGAGAGGGAGAGUUGGGGGGAGAGACAGAGGUGGAAAGGGAGGAGGACAGGAGUGGAGAGGGAGAGAGACGAUCAGACAGGCAGCCCAGAGGAGGCGUUCCCCGUGCAAGCUGUAGCUAACUACACCCACUACACCCCAAGAACCCCUUUUCCUGUAAAAUAAAACCUUUGAGGCUGCCCUUCCUCGCUGGACUUGGGCUGCAUCUGUAACGGCCCUCCUGGGCUCAAGGCUCUGACAAAGCUGCCACCGCUUCUGGUUUAGGAGGGUCCCUGACGCCCCCCACCUCGCCAAGUCCUGAGGAAGCUUGCGGAUUGGGCUGGGCCUCAAGCAGCAGGUGCAUGUGGUGAGAGCUGGGAAAAGGCAAGAGGGAGGCACCUGUGCCAGGAGCCAGAGGAGGGGCUGCCAUAUUCAUUUCUCUCACAGACACAUUCCCUUCCCUGCCUCCUUAGGGCCUGGAGCACAGCAUGCGUGUGCACACGUGUGUGUUUCAGGGGUGCAGGACAGACAGGAAAGAGAAUUAUUCACCCUGCACCACUCCAAAGUAUCUUGCACACCUGCACACAGCAAAGGGUCACGAGCACACUUUGGCAGUUGUACACAGGAAGCCCAGGACUCCAUAGAACACCCCAUCUUUUCACCACCCAUGGAACAAGAGGCUGUAUUGGUUUGCCAGGUGCCUUCACAGAGUAUCACUGGCUUCAGAAUGUUGAGGUCUCACAGCCUGCAGGCCAGAAGUCGGAGGGGAAGGCAUGGGCAGGCUCCUUCUGAGGGCUGUGGUAAGAGGGUCUGCCCCAGGCCCCCUGGGCAUGCAGGUGGCACCUUCCCUGUUUCUUCACCUUUUUCUGUGUCCUAAUUUUCCCCUUUUAUAAGGACACCAGUCACACUGGACAAGAGUCCACCCUACUGAAUUCAUCUUAACCCACUAGGGGUGAGGGCUUCAGCAGAUGAAUAUCAGGGAAUCAAUCCCAGCUGGCUCCUCCC